UUAGCACAUUUUAUCAGUGAAGUACAGUUUUCACGAAUUCAAGCAUGGGAUCAAGACUGUUUCACCGUCUUAGUUGUUCGACCCUGUUUUGUCGAAAAGAUUGUAUUUUUAGGACAAACUAUCGUCUACUUUCCUCUCUGAAAGGAGGGCAAGUGGUUGUACGAUUUGCAAAAGCAAGUCACUUUGACGAGGUACUUAAACUUUCGAGGAAACUUAAAGACACAUUCGACUACGUUCCCUACCGAUUGCACAAAUGGCUUCAGGAAUCCAACAGAAUCCCUUUGGUUGCCGAAAUAGGGACAGAUGUAGUUGGCUUCGAAGAAUGCAGCAUCCUCGACGGAGAAGAGUCAGUAUUGCUGGAGGCUGGAAGAAUUGACCCUGAUCAUAGGCAUCAAGGUAUUCUCGGUUUACUAAGAUCUCUUGGACCUUCGCUAAUCCGUGAAAAGUUUCCAAAAGUCUUUCGUACCCGGUACACGGUAUGGUCUGGUGCCUAUCAAGCAGUGAAGAAAACAAACCAAAAGCGUAAUAUCUACGACGAAGAGCUGUAUCAUUAUGAUUUUUUAAGCUACAAAGUUGAGCCAGAGCAUGUCAGUUUUAAAUACAAAUUAGAAAACUGCACGAAACUUAAACCUUGCCCAAAAGAAGAGUUUAAAAAACAUAUUUUGGAAAACGCUAGUACCAGCUCGCUAUUUCCUGAUAACAUGCUUGCCAUUGAUUGGCAACCGUUUAAAGCCAUCCCAACCAACUUUGAAUCCAUUGUACAAGACCAGGAUCGAUAUUUUGUCGAUUCUUCAAACGAUCUUGCGGGUGCCUUGACAUCUUUCAGUUUGGGAAGAUUUGUACAGCUUGUUCGUGGACAGGUAUGGACAUCGACCAUCUACGCGAAGGACUCAAAGCUUUGUCAGUCCCACGUGAUCCAUCAGUUAACGAGUGCCUGUCAAAGUGCAAAAGGAAGCUUUCUAUUUAGCACCUUUCAAGAUCCAUCUCUUACAAGGUACUGUAAAGAAGCCCUGACGGACAUUCCAGGGGUUACGAGGAUGGAAGGAAACGAGCCUACACAAAAGAUGUUUAUCUUUGAGGGCGAAUAGGAAGAUUAACAUGACAGAAUCGAUGGAUCGAUCAUAGCAGUAGCUAGACUUUUUUAGUAUGGAGGUUAGGAGUUACUUCUUGUGUAUAAAUACCCUUUUCAAACUAAUAGACCUCUGAUUUUCUGCAGGCUUAACUCUAAUAUCCCUGUUACCACUUUUUUAAUCGAUAUGUUUCCUUGAACAAAGUUUGAUAUGUUUCCUUGAACAGGUUUGGUGAAAUGUUGUUAUUUGUCAUAAAUUCGUGUAUAGUAAGGUUUGGGUUAUUCCUUAUCUAUUAAUCUAUUUAUUCACUGAUUGAUUAUUUACUUACCUGUUCAUACGCAUGAUUUUUACCAUUUUUCUGCCGUGAUUUUUGUCUUUGAGGAUGUUCAUUGAUACCUCGCACGUAGUUUUGAAAAUGGAUUUUAGACUAUUUCAAUUUUUAAUUGGAGUAAUUCUCGUUCCACAAUGACGUAGUUCAGACUUAUUAUCAAGCCGUUUCCUUAAUCAAAUUUGGUAGAUUAGAUUUUCAAAUCUAUCAUUAACUAAAAGUAGCAUAAGGUUGUCCUUGAUCUAUUUUCCAAUAAUUUUUUAGCCUUUUUACUCUCAGCCACUGAAUAAUAACGGCAGAGCCUGGAUGAAGAUCAUUGUAUGAUUCUGGUUUACCCGGUCAGAAUAAAUUGUUUGGGGCUGCGUC